CGCUUUAGUUUCUUUUCAUUUGUCCAGCUGUGUGGACGACGUGCGCGCGAAAAGGAAAUAAAAACAGAGAAAUAAACAAAGUUGCACAAAAUAUUUUAUUUAAAAAUUUUUAGUUAAAUUCCUUGUUUUCGUUUUGAUUCGUGAUUGAUUUCUAUUUUGGUUUUAUUGAAUUCGCAGUGACGUCAUAAGAAUUAUCCAAAAAUGGCAUUGCAACAACGUGAAAUUGGCGUGCAGGACUUUGUGCUUUUGGACACAAUUUCCAUGGAAUCAUUUAUGAAUAAUUUAAAGCAAAGAUUUCAAGCUGGUUCCAUUUACACAUACAUCGGGGAAGUAUGCGUCUCUAUGAAUCCAUAUCGUCAAAUGAACAUAUACGGACCUGAAACGAUAAAAAUUUACAAAGGUCGAGAACUUUUUGAAAAUAAACCACAUAUUUAUGCUACUGCAGAUGCUGCGUACCGAGUGUUAAAACAAAGGCAUCAAGAUACAUGCAUAUUGAUUUCUGGUGAAUCUGGUGCUGGUAAAACCGAAGCCUCCAAAAUUAUUAUGAAAUAUAUUGCUGCUGUAACCAAUGUACAAGGACAAAAUGAAAUUGAAAGGGUUAAAAAUGUCUUAAUACAGAGUAAUUCCAUUUUGGAGACCUUUGGAAAUGCAAAAACAAAUCGUAACGAUAAUUCAAGUCGCUUCGGCAAGUAUAUGGACAUUGAAUUCGAUUAUAAAGCGGAUCCUGUGGGCGGUAUCAUUACAAAUUACUUGCUGGAAAAGUCGCGUGUGGUACAACAACAAUCAGGAGAACGUAAUUUCCACAGUUUUUAUCAGCUUUUACGAGGUGCCACUGAAAAUGAACUACGUCAGCAUGAUCUCAAUAAAGAUCCAAGCAAAUAUCAUUAUGUGAAUCAAGGUAGUAUGGAUAUACUUAACGAAAAAUCUGAUUACAAAGGCACAAAUAACGCAUUUAAAACAUUGGGUUUUGCCGCUGAUGAAGUAAGCACAAUAUGGCGCACAGUAGCAGCAAUUUUGCAUUUGGGCAAUAUUGAGUUCCAAAUGAUUGAAGACGACUUGGUUAUAAGCAACAAGGUACAUCUGCAGUCAGCCGCGAAAUUGCUGCAGGUUACUGAAACUGAAUUGUCAUCGGCACUGACGAAACGAGUAAUUGCAGCUGGAGGUAAUGUUAUGCAGAAGGAUCACAAUGCAACACAAGCAGAAUAUGGCAAGGAUGCGCUAGCCAAGGCUAUAUAUGAUCGCCUCUUUACGUGGAUUAUAACACGUAUUAAUCGCGCCAUUCUAUUUCGGGGCUCUAAAACACAAGCUCGUUUUAAUUCAGUUAUUGGCGUUUUGGAUAUUUACGGUUUUGAAAUAUUCGAUUCCAACAAUUUUGAACAAUUCUGCAUUAAUUACUGCAACGAAAAAAUGCAACAAUUAUUUAUUGAGUUAGUCCUUAAACAGGAGCAAGAAGAAUACCAACGCGAAGGUAUUGAAUGGACAAAUAUUGAGUACUUCAAUAAUAAGAUCAUUUGUGAUUUAGUGGAGCAACCACACAAAGGUAUCAUAGCAAUUAUGGAUGAAGCUUGCCUUAGCGUAGGCAAAGUUACUGAUGAAACUUUAUUGAGUGCUAUGGAUAAAAAUCUAAGCGCACAUCCACAUUACAGUAGUCGUCAAUUAAAGCCAAUGGACAAGGAAUUGAAGCAUAAAGAAGAUUUUCGCAUUACUCACUAUGCCGGUGAUGUCAUAUACAAUAUCAAAGGAUUUAUAGAAAAGAACAAAGAUACAUUAUAUCAAGAUUUUAAACGUUUACUUCAUCAUUCUAAGGAUGCCAAUCUAAGUGAGAUGUGGCCUGAAGGUGCCCAAGAUAUUAAAAAAACCACCAAACGUCCACUUACCGCUGGAACACUAUUCCAACGUUCUAUGGUUGAGCUUGUCAAAACAUUACUUAAAAAAGAGCCAUUCUAUGUGCGUUGCAUUAAGCCCAAUGAUAUUAAGAGCUCAACUGUCUUCGAUGAUGAACGCGUCCAACAUCAAGUACGUUAUUUGGGUCUAUUGGAAAAUGUAAGGGUACGACGUGCUGGUUUUGUACAUCGCCAACGGUACGACAAAUUUUUGUUACGCUACAAGAUGAUUUCACAAUUUACUUGGCCUAACUUCCGCAUGGGCACUGAACGUGAUGGUGUACGUGUAUUAAUCGAAGAGAAAGGUUUCAGUAAUGAUGUGAAAUAUGGUCACACUAAAAUAUUUAUACGUUCACCAAACACGUUGUUCUCAUUGGAACAGCAGCGCAAUAAAAUGCUACCACAUAUUGUCACACUACUGCAGAAACAAGUACGCGGUUGGAUCGCACGUCAAAAUUAUAAAAAAAUGAAAGCCGCAUUGGUUAUAAUGAGAGCAUAUAAAACUUAUAAACUGCGUUCAUACAUACAGGCUUUGGAGCAGAAAUUCAAAGGUGCUGGAAAGUUGCGUGACUAUGGUCGGAGUAUAGUUUGGCCCAAACCACCUCUAGCAGGACGUACUGCUGAAGCGAAAUUGCGUCGCAUAUUCAAUCACUGGCGUGCAUAUAUGAUACUACGUAAAUACCCACGUUCGGAGUGGCCACAAUUGCAACUGCAAAUGAUAACUGCAACUGCUAUAAAGGGACGAAGACAACAUUGGGGACAGCAGCGUAAGUGGCUGGGUGACUAUUUGGCCAAUUCACUGGAGAAUAGUUCAUAUCAAGUGUACAGUUCAAAUGUGAAAAAUCUGAGAAAUGCCGAAAAUGUCAAGGCUGUACUUUUCUCUUCGUUCGUUAAGAAGUUCAAUAAGCACAAUAAGCAAGCAGAUCGCGUAGUAAUCGUAACUGAUGCUGCUAUUUACAAACUUGAUGGUGCUAAGAAUAAAUUUAAAAAUAUGAAUCGGUCGAUUUAUAUUAAAGAUUUAACUGGUAUUAGCAUUAGCCCUGGACGUGAUCAACUUAUAGUGUUCCAUUCGCCUUUGAAUAACGAUUUGGUGUUUGCACUACAGGGCGAACAUACACCACUAAAAGAAGACCGCAUUGGAGAAAUAGUGGGAAUUGUUUGCAAAAAAUAUUAUGAUAUACAUGAGCGUGAACUACGCGUAGACGUGAGUCCCACAAUCGCAUGCCGAUUAGGAAAUAAAUUACGGAACAUAACAAUUGAAGGCACCUCCGGCGUAGAAAAUCCCAGUUUUAGAAACAAUUACGGCAAUAUCAUAUACGAAGUACCGUCACAAUAUUGUGCUUAGACCUUAGCACUCCGUCACGCAUUCAGCAACCGUUGCCUGCUUGCCAGAUGUAUGGAUAAGUUUUUUCCGGUUUUUUUUUUUUUGUUUUUAAUAAAUAAAAUCCGUAAUUAUCUAUUUUCGCUAAAAUUGUUUAAUUCUGUGGAGGCGCACACUAAAUCAGAAUUGCUCUCUAUCAAAUCAAAUGCAAUAUGUAUUCCGUCAGGAAGAUAUUCUGAGCUUCAAAGUAUACUCAAAGUAUAAAAUUAUAUGCAUAACUUAUCCGAAUUCAAUGGAGCUCUCAUUACAGUGGAUCAUCCAAGUGAUCACAGACAUAAUUAAGUAAAAGUGCUUUAGACACUAACUCAAACAAAGAAGAAGAACUUUUAGCUAAUUUCUAUGCCAGAAGAACUAAUAGUCUUUUGCGACAAACCAAUUAUGAAGCCAUAUUUCAACUUCUUCCAAAUUACUGAAUUUCUGCCCUGCAUAUGCGAGCCCCAUUAAUGCAAAAAGAUGGGUACUACCCAUCUUACGACUAUGGAAUAACAUCUCAUCGGAACGACUAUAAAGUGUCUUUAACAGGUUUUGCUGUGUAGAUCGACGCAUUAUCGUUUAACAAAAUCCAUGUAUUCUGAUUCAUUCCGUUCAUCUUGCGAUUAAUGCGUGAUUAAAGCUAAUCAUUUAUUGGUAAUAACAUUGUGCUUUGACGAUUUCGUUGGACUUCAAGUGUUUAUAAUGCACAACACUGCUCUGAUUCCAUGCAUGGUCUUCUUUGCCUAAGCGGCUCAACUUUGGUGUUAAAUGAUCGGCUGUGCCAGUUAAAAGCCACAAUUUUUUCCGUUUCGAGUUUUCAAAAUAAAUCCAAUUUGUUUUGCAUUUGAUUUUAAAAAUUUUGCAAUCCGUCACAAUUCGUUCCAAAAAGGAACGAAUACUACUUUUGUGGUCUACCAGAGCAGAUCACUUUUACAUUGUCAAAACCUUAUCUCACAUGUGCUAAUCGAUGGAUUGUGUUUAUCACAUGUUUCUACCGGACAAUGAAUUUCAAGUGAUUUUUUUUUGUGUUUUUUUUUGAUGAAGUAAAGCAAUGCCCCUGCCGCAAAUGUUCUUUUUUAGGCACACAAAGAGACUAGUUUUUGGCGGACUCAACUUAUGUGUGCUUGUAGUUUAAUAUUAAAUAAUUAAAAUAAUAUAAAGAUUAAAUUAAUAUUAGUAUCAAAUUAAUAAGCUAUUAAACUCUUAGUAAAGCCGGAGAAAAACUUAUGCAUACAGCUGGUAUUCAAUAAAUCGCCAAUCGUCUAUUAAUUUUAAACUAUAUUGUUAUUUAAUUUGUUUAAUUUUUUUUUGU